UCAUAGGUGGAACCGGGCUCGCCAACUUGGUUCACAAUAGAUUCAGUUGGUGUUUUCCAUGCGCCAGUUCUUCUCCGUCCUUAAGUUAAGUCGAGUUAAGUUCUACUUAAGGAACAACCCAAUACAUUAAGUGCAUUCAAUUCAAUCGCAGGUCUUCAUUCACUUCUGUGCUUUUAGAUUGCGAAAGUUGGUUUAAAGAUGGCGAAUCCUUUACAAGCCCUUGUCUGGUUGUUGAUAUUGAUUUUUCUUGCGUUCUGGUGUGCUGGCGUAUGUGCCUUCUUCUACAUAAUAGUAUACUGUUUAGAAGCCUGCAUACCAGGAUUGAAGGAUAUAUCAGAUCUUCUCCUACAGGGAGUGCAGUUACCAAAUCUGUGUGCCAAAAAAAUUAUCGAAGCUCUGUCAUGAAGUUCGCAUAAUCAUAAGUGUCCAGAAGUGUUCAAAUUAUAUUAUAAGUUUCUAUUGUUAUGAUGUCAUAAUUUUAGAAGAAAUGUUAACAAGCUCAGAUAUUUAUUACACUUUUUCUAAUAUAUUUUAACAUUUUGAAA